UGUGACAUCAUCUGACAUCACAAAAACAGAAACGUCAUAAAAAACACAAACUUAUAAUAACAGCUUUGAAAGGAAGUAUAAUUGCAGUGUACAAAAUGAAAAAAAAAAAGAAAAUACUAACAUAUGAACAAAUUGCAUGGCAAAAAAAGCUAUUUCCUUAUUAUAGGCACUAGAUGUACCUCACCUUCCGAAGAAUGGGUGUUCUGCCUCUCAGGACACAUGUAUCAGGAAUCCUAUUCCUUUACCUUCCUUAUCAACUAUACACAACAGUUACAUGCAUGCCACAGUAUAGUACCCGUACACUAGAAAACAAAAAUCAAACACAGCACGAAACAACUUAAUGACUUCAAAACAAAAUGCUAGGUAGGGCAGGUAAAAUUGAGUUUCCCUAGUAACCCCAUUGCAUCACAAUAAAACCAAAAACGUGAGAUUGCACUUUGCCCUUGCUAUUGAGGAUAGUCAAGGUGGCCCAGUGCGAGUGGGUGCAGCAAUGAGAGUGCUGACAGUUAAUCUUGUGGUAUGGACAUUCACCUAGGCAUUCGGUUGCUAAGGUAUAUAAGCUUAUUGUUAUGGAUGAACUGCUACAGUCCAAGGGGUAUGAGGUUGAAAACACAAUUGGAGAGGGCACCUGCUCCAAAGUGAAGAGGGCGUACUGCAGUACCCAUGGAAGACACGUGGCAAUUAAAAUAAUAGACACACGUAAGGGACCAAAAGAUUUUAUUUCCAGGUUCCUUCCACGCGAGCUGCAAAUUGCACAGAAGCUUGAUCACAAAAACAUCAUCAAGGUCUACGAAGUCUGCGAAUCGGAGGAUGGCAAGAUCGGCCUUGUUAUGGAGCUGGCCGAGAGAGGAGACUUAUUUGAGCACAUCAACAAGAGCGGGCCCCUGUCAGAAAGCCAAGCCAAGGAUUUGUUUGGGCAGCUGGCCGAGUCCGUGCGCCACUGCCAUGAAAACGGUGUCACGCACAGGGAUCUGAAAUGUGAGAACACCCUCUUGGACAAGAACUUCAGCCUAAAGCUGGCAGACUUUGGUUUUGCCAAGCUAGUCCCACCGAACAGCGAAGAACUGAGCGCCACAUUUUGUGGAAGCACGGCUUACGCAGCCCCAGAGGUUCUGAAGGGGUCACCCCAUGACAGCAGGAAGAGUGACACAUGGAGCAUGGGCGUCGUUCUGUACGUCAUGCUGUCUGGGCACCUUCCGUUCGAUGACACCAACAUUCCCAAGAUGCUUAGCCAACAAGAAAAGGGAAUCUCCCUCGAUCACCUCUCUAACCACUCCCCAGACUGCAAGGAUCUCCUUCUGAUGAUGCUGACGUACAACAUUCAACAACGUCCUUUUAUAGGCGGGAUCUGUUCCCAUAAAUGGUUGGAGGCUGAUUAAAUACUUACCACUUAAAAAUACGACUUAAAAACAAUGGCUAAGGUACAGUAUUGAUCUCACAGGCUUUAGCAGACUAAGAACAGUCAUAGAAAAUAAAGGACAAAAUGACAAAAAUAUUGUAUACAACCUUAUCUGGGCUCCUACUGGAGUUAUUUUGUUUCUUUGCUUAUAUCAACAUACAGAAAAUAUACAGUAGAGUAUUCCUACUACAAGUCAUAUAAAAUUCACA